GGGGGAAAGUUGAGACGCGAUUACCGGGUUGGUCCGGCCCCAUCUGGGAGGGGUUUGUGGGUGAACUCGGGGUCUCCCGCCCGCAGAGGAGAUGGAUGAGGACGGGCUUCCUCUCAUGGGGUCAGGCAUAGACCUGACCAAGGUUUGUAAGAGACGAUACUAAACUCCUCCACUGGGAGGAGGAUGGGGAAGACGCAGCUUCCCGGGGAGACCACACCUUCCGGGUCCCCACUCUGUCACGGCCCCGGGCCCUUCUGCCGGCCUCAGGAGAGAGAGCUCCGCAGUCCACCUUCAAAUGGGGUCCCUCCUGAACUGAUUAAGGAGACGGUGCCAGCUAUUCAACAGAAAAGAACGGUGGCUUUUCUAAACCAAUUUGUGGUGCACACUGUACAGUUCCUCAACCGCUUUUCUACAGUUUGUGAGGAGAAACUGGCAGACCUUUCGCUUCGUAUCCAACAAAUUGAAACAACUCUAAAUAUUUUAGAUGCAAAGUUGUCAUCUAUCCCAGGCCUAGAUGAUGUCACAGUUGAAGUAUCGCCUUUAAAUGUCACCAGUGUCACAAAUGGAGCACAUCCUGAAGCCACUUCAGAGCAACCACAGAGCAGUACACAAGACUCUGGACUACAGGAAAGUGAAGUAUCAGCAGAAAAUAUCUUAACUGUAGCCAAGGAUCCAAGAUAUGCCAGAUAUCUCAAAAUGGUUCAAGUGGGUGUACCAGUGAUGGCAAUAAGAAACAAAAUGAUAUCAGAAGGACUAGACCCAGAUCUUCUUGAGAGGCCAGAUGCUCCAGUGCCUGAUGGUGAAAGUGAAAAAACUGUAGAAGAAAGUUCAGAUAGCGAAUCUUCUUUUAGUGACUAAGCUUAAUUUUGAGAAGAAUUACAUAUGCAUGCAUAGGGGUACAUUUACAUUCGGUAAGAGAUGAGCCUGAACUCUCUUAGUCAUAAGAACAUCGAAUGGCCACAUGUCCACUACCAAGCUUCUUCUAUGUUAAAAAAUAAUAAUAAUAAAGCAUUUUUAACUUGCC